GUUGAGGGGCAUGCAAUGGGCAUUCCGUAUUGAUAGCCACGGUGAAUUUUUGUGCACGUCUACGGCGCACCAAGUUGUCGGCAUUUGGUGCUCACAGUAAUCCGACUCCGAUGAUCUAGCAGAGAAUGCACCGCUUACGACCUAGUCCACCCGUGGGCCCUACUACAACUUAAACAGUUCCCUCACUUACCGACAGAAUUGAGUCGGGCUCCGUCUUGUGAGCUUCUCUCGACGGUUUUGGGUACCAGAUCCUGAGAGUCCAAACCUUGCGGACUUCCUUCUUAAAGGUGCUGGUGUGGGGCGAAGGGUUCCACAAUAGUUUGAACCCAAAUUUCGCUCUUCGUCGUUCGGAGCAGUUACGCAAUUUUUUCAUUGCAAUGAACGCCACCAGAGAUACAGCUGCCCAGAGAGUCUCAGCAACCCCGCCGCCUCUAGCCCCGGAAGAGAUUUCCGCGACAGAGUGGUUCUACAUGGGGUCCAUGGCGUGUUCGUUUGCAGCAGGUGCCGGGUUUCCGGGGCGUGUGUUAGCAGAACGGUCGUUUAUUUGGCACUGCGGGCCUGUGGGAGCAGGAGGCAGUUCCAGAGUAUUCACCCGAGAACAUCUUGCGCAGACGGCUCAAAUUCAGACAAUUGUUUGCAUCCCGGCGCCCGAUGGAGUCAUUGAAUUCGGCACAACAGCACUGGUGGAGAAGGACGUGCAAUUGCUGCAGCAGCUACAGUCAGUGUUUCAAGACAACUCAGGCUCAGGCAGCGCCAGGACCAGAAGAAGUGCCUUCAAAAGAUGGAGUCCUACGGAUCCUAUGGCUGUGCUACGUUCGAGUCCAAAAUUCCAACAGCACUUGCUAAAGGCAGCUCUCUUUACGGUUCCACGUGCACACGCGACCAAGAAAGAGGAGGUACAAAUCCAAUACUCAAACGAGGCUGAAACCUCUGCGCAGUUGUACUCCGGCAUGCGGUCUUUCCGUGGGGGUCCCUACUCUUCGGGGGGCUCCAGCAUCAGUGCGCAUGCGAGAAAUGAGCGCAACCGGCGGCAGAAGCUCCACGACCGCUUCAUGACGCUCCGAAGCCUGGUUCCCAACAUCACUAAGCCAGACAAAGUGUCGCUGCUCGGAGACGCCGUCCUGUACGUCCAAGACCUUCAUCGGCGGGUGACGGAACUCGAAGCAAGCAAGGCACCAACCCCCAAAACACCAACCGAGCCGCGCGUCGAAGUCACCAUCGAGAAGAACACGGCAUACUUAAAGCUUUCUUCUCCGUGGCAAGACGGCCUCAUAAUCCACAUCCUGGAGCGCCUGCACGACUUUCACCUGGAGGUCGUCGAUGUAUCUGCUAGAGUUUCGCACGACGCAGUGCUCAACGCCCAACUGAAAGCCAAGGUUAUGAGCUCCACCGAUGGCGACGACAACGACGAUGAUGAAGAAGAGGUAGCAAAAACAGCAUCAACCAUUGAAGCAACUUUGCUUAGCACUAUUGCAAACGUGAUGUCGAGUGCGCGGUAAGGAUUCUAGGAAUGUAGACGUGAGGUGGCUAUCUUACGAUCACGAGGCUUCGUAGAUAGAUUUCGAGAUUUGUGAUCGAAUUUAUUGCAGAAUUGUUUCCCGACAACUAAAUAAUCUUAUCUAGUCACUACAUUGACGUACUAUCUAAUAUAUUAUGUGGCGCUUAAAAGCUCACUAAUAAUUAUUUAUAUUUGAAUAUUUUUGUAAUGUUUUUUUAAUGGCAACAGUUAUCAAAGCAAGCUCAAGGAGCUAAUUCUAAAUU